AUGUGGCCAGAUGUUCCAUACCAUAAGCCUUUGCCUCCCAAAAGAAGAAGAUUACCUGGUAGGCCAUCAGUGAAAAGGAAGAGGGAUGCAUUUGAACGAGAGUUGACUGGACCAAGUAGACAAAUUGUCACAAGAAGGGGAAGCCUAAUAAAGUGUGGUAUUUGUAAGGAACUAGGUCACAACAAGAAAAAAUUUCCAUCUAACCAACAAAGCAAUACAUCAGUACCAAGUUCAUCCAGGGGUAGUGGAGCAGACCCAAGUUUAUCCAGGGGCAAUGAAGGACCACCACAUACAGCCCAACCACCUCCUCCACCACCACCUGCAGCCCAACCACCUCCACCACCACCACUUGUAGCCCAACAACCUCCUCCACCACCACCUAUAGUCCAACCACCUCCACCACCACCACCUGCAUCCCAACCACCUCCUCCACCACCUCCUGCAGUCCCCAUGCCAAGAAGAAGGGUCCUGGUUGGUAGAAGUGGAAGGAGACAAUAUUCUGAACGGAUCAUCAAACAAGCAUUAAGGAGGCAGAUACCUGGGGUUGGGAGCAAUGUAGAUAUCCCUUCAGUUAUUGAUUAA